AUUCUUGAUUGUCAAAAGGCUCUGUUUCUCUCUCUCUCUGUUUUUGGGUGUGUGUACUUUCAACUUUGUUCUUCUAUUGUCGGAAAGCAGGGGUAGCUUCAGCUAAACUUCACCUGCAUCCCUCGCCGUCGACGCUGCUCCUCCGGCGGAUUGGAAAAUUGAAAAUUUUUCUUAUUGAGGAUUGAGGAUUUGAAUCCUUUGAGACAUUAUGAAUGUCAGCCCCUGUGGUUCUUGUUGAUGGAGCAGAAGGUGCCCCAUCUUCUUCGGAAAAGGGUAGAUUAUCACAUGCCACUAGUUGUGUUAGUGAGAAGGAUUUCUCCUCCUCACUCUCUCUGGUUAAUGGACAAAGUGCUCAUGUGUCUAAUGAGGUUGCUGGGUUUAGGGUUUGUGAGCUUGUGCUUCCAAAUGGAGAUUUUUAUUCAGGAACUCUUCUGGGAAACACGCCGGAAGGAUCAGGGAAGUAUAUAUGGUCUGAUGGCUGUGCUUAUGAUGGGGAGUGGCGAAGAGGGAUGAGACAUGGAAAUGGUAAGAUGUCAUGGCCUUCAGGAGCUGUUUAUGAUGGUGAAUUUUCUAGUGGGUAUAUGCAUGGUACUGGUACAUACAUAGGGCCGGAUAGAAUGACCUACAAGGGUCGUUGGAAAUUGAACUUGAAACAUGGAUUGGGGUUUCAAACGUAUCCGAAUGGUGAUACAUUUGAAGGUUCUUGGAUCCAUGGGAGCAUGGAAGGGCCUGGGAAAUACAUAUGGGCCAAUGGUAAUGUGUUUGUUGGUAACAUGAAAGGUGGGAAAAUGUCUGGGAAGGGGACUCUCACUUGGAAAAAUGGGGAUACGUUCGAAGGGAAAUGGUUGAAUGGAUUGAUGCAUGGCUUUGGAGUCUAUACUUGGAGUGAUGGUGGAUGCUAUGUCGGAACAUGGACUAACGGGUUGAAGGAUGGGACGGGCACCCUUUAUCCGAGUGGAAGCAGGAUCCCAGUUGCACAGCAAGUUUAUGUCAAUGCUUUGAGAAAACGAGGACUUUUGCCUGAUUUGAAAAGGCAGAACUAUGGUUCACGUAUUCUUCAUUCUUCUUCUGUUGAUAUGGGGAACAUGAAGGUUGGUGAGAUUGCACGAGCAGGGGUUCACAAAGGAAGUUUAAUAAAUUUGGAGCAGUCUCGCACCCAAAAUGUUUCUCUGGAGAGACGCUGGAGCCUUGAGGUAGCCAUUGAAAAGGUUAUCGGACAUGAUAUGUCAUCAGAUAUAGAAGAAUUGGGUUCAGGUGUUGGUGGAAAAUUCAGUAAUCGAAUCGUUCCAAUCUUAGAGAGGGAAUAUAUGCAGGGGGUUUUAAUUAGUGAGCAUGUAGUCGAGAACAACUUUUCACCACCAUCCAGAGUAGCAAAAAGACGUCAAAAGAAUCUUGAGGACAUUAGAAGGCCUGGAGAGACCAUCAUUAAAGGUCACAGGAGUUAUGAUCUAAUGCUCAGCCUGCAGCUUGGAAUCAGAUAUACUGUGGGUAAAAUUACACCCAUACAAAGACGUGAAGUUCGCACAUCAGAUUUUGGUCGUCAAGCAAGCUUCUGGAUGGAUUUUCCUAAAGCAGGCUCCCAACAGACACCUCCACACCGCUCAGAAGAUUUCAAGUGGAAAGACUAUUGUCCAAUGGUCUUCAGGGAUUUGCGAGAAAUGUUUGAGAUUGAUGCUGCAGAUUACAUGAUAUCAAUUUGUGGAAAUGAUGCUCUCAGAGAGCUCUCAUCCCCAGGGAAAAGUGGGAGCAUCUUCUUUCUUUCUCAAGAUGAUCGUUUCAUGAUCAAGACCCUCCGCAAGUCCGAAGUGCAGGUUCUACUGAGGAUGCUUCCAAACUAUCACCAUCAUGUGCGUAGCUAUGAGAAUACACUUGUAACUAAAUUUUUUGGCCUUCACCGGGUUAAACCUUCCAGCGGUCAAAAGUUCAGGUUUGUAGUAAUGGGCAAUGUGUUUUGCACAGAACUGAGAAUCCAUAGAAGAUUCGAUCUGAAAGGAUCAUCCCAGGGUCGUUCUGCUGAUAAUGUUGAAAUUGAUGAAAACACUAUUCUUAAGGAUUUGGAUCUGCGCUACCGCUUCUUUUUGGAACCGUCUUGGCAGGAUGCCUUACUCGAGCAGAUCGAGAUUGACAGUAAAUUUCUUGAGAGACAACGUAUUAUGGAUUACAGCCUCUUGCUAGGGGUGCAUUAUCGAGCUCCCCAACAUCUGCAGUCACAUUUAUCUUACCAUAGACGCCCCACAGGAGAUAGAUUGGCCAUUCUAUCUGAAGAAGAUGUUCAAGAGGAUGAGCUAUUGAAUUACCCACAGGGUCUUGUUCUGGUCCCACGAGGACGAGACGGGAACAGUGUUGUUGUUGGUUCUCAUAUCAGAGGCAGUCGGUUGCGGGCAUCAGCUGCCGGUGAUGAGGAAGUUGAUCUCUUACUUCCCGGCACAGCAAGGCUCCAGAUACAACUUGGGGUGAACAUGCCUGCGAGGGCAGAGCGAACCUUGGAGGAGGACAAUACCCAGGUGUUUCAUGAGGCAUCUGAUGUUGUUCUAUACGUAGGGAUUAUCGACAUAUUGCAGGAAUACAAUAUAAGCAAGAAGAUCGAGCAUGCGUAUAAGUCUCUUCAGUUCGAUUCUAUCUCAAUAUCUGCUGUUGAUCCUGAGUUUUACUCCAAGCGAUUCUUGGGAUUUAUCCAAACCGUAUUCCCUAAGAACCCUUAGCAGGUUUAGCAGGGUUCUUUUUUGGUUGUUACUGCAGCUUCUUUGGCACAUCAUCUGGGCUUGUCUAUUUUAAGGAGUUUAAAAUGUAAAAGAUUUCUUCAGUUCAGGUUUUGUGCUUUCCAUUUUCAUGUGCCAAAACACUAUAUUCAAAUGAGUAACUGCAACUUGUGA